AAUUCAGAAAUAUGGCAUGGUGUGUUUGCCAUUUUCAAAUAGAUGACUCCGUAGAAGUUGUCCCAAAUAAUUGGAUAAUUAGUGAAAGUCUAUGUGUGUGGCCAUUGGUGACAAAACCAUCUAAAUUAUCUGAGCUUAUUAAAAAAAAAGAAGUUCCAAAAAAUGAUUGGAAAACAAUAAGUGUCAGAAUUUUAGGACGAUAUGACAAUUAUAAAACAGCUCAAAGAAAAUGCAAAACAGCAUUAGACAGAGAUAAUCUCUCGUCACUAUCUGAGGCUGCUGAAUAUGGAAAAGGACUUCGUGGACAGAAACGUAAAAAAAUAUAUAGUGAUACGGAAAAUACCGAUACCGAAAACGAGUGUAACGAUGAAGAAGAAUUGUCCAUUAAUUUUCCGACAUAUAAUGCAGAUAAAAGUAUAGUUUCAUCAAAAUCGGCACAUAAAGAUUCGACUAAUACAGCACAUAGUAAUAAAUCGAAUAAUUACCAAUUCGAAGAAAACAAAAAUAAUCAAAAUUCUGACAAUAAAAUUUUAACUGAGAUUCAUACUAAUUUCCAAAGACAUGCAAGUGAAAUGAAAGACUAA